CUUACACCGGAAAGGAUACACGCAGAAGAACUGCGGAAGGAUUUGGGUUUUCCCAAAUGGUGAGUUGCCAUGGCUUGCUUGCCCUUGUCAGUUUUUCCGUGAGCCCUAAUCUAUGAAAUUCCAAGGAACUUACAGAUUUUGUUUGUUCGGGGAAGACAAAAGUUCUUAGAUAUGAUUGUGGGAACAAACGUUUGGAAUUAAAGGAGACCAGCCAAUGAGAUCUCUGGUGAGAUAAAACAAACAACAGGGGAUGAAGAACCUCCUGAGAGACCUAGGCUCGGUCCACAUUCGAUAUCUCUGCUUGUUUGUCCUUGUUUCUCCAAUGUUCCUUCUCUACAAGCUUUAUCUUAUGAGAUUAUGACCUGAACAGACGGAAACCGUGUAAAAGCAGCACCUUGAAAGACGGAAAGUGGGAGGCAUUGUUUCAUUAGUUUAUGUUGUGACCAUUCGAGUCAUCGCAAACCGAAGCUACAUCUACCAAACAAAAGACAAUCUGCAGAUUCAUUUCUCACCAUUUUUAGACACCAGACAGAGCAAAAAGGACAGACUGUGCCUCCCAGACAGAGACAUUGUUUAAGGACGUUGCUGCAAAAUGUGAUGUCAAUGGAAGCAGAGAGAGAGAGAGGCCCUAGUCAAAUUCCACUGUAUUAAAGAGAAUUUGAGGCCUGAAUGCGAGGAUAUUCAAAUGGAAUAUGCUUCCCAAUCUUCGUAUUGAAUUAUAUUUUCCUUGGAUUUACCACCACCGAGUUAUGCAAACAUCAUCUUAGUUGUACUUCUAGUAAAACUAAUUUUCGAAUAAAACUCAGAAAGGAGUGCCUAUUUCGAUUAUCAUGUGAAGCUGCGGACAGAAAAACUUCAUAUUGAGCAACUCUUUCCUUGGAUGUACCACCACUGAAUCAGCGUAAAUUUGUACUUUUACUGGAACGAAUUUUCGACAAACACUCGAGAGGAGAACUUGUUUCCAUUAUCAUCUGAAGCAGCGGGUAGAGUUCACUUCUUAGUUGCAUUCUGCAGACUAGUAAAGAGUUCGGAGGAUCAGGCUAUUGGCUCAGUCACAGAGAGAUAAUGCCUUCAGAAGCUGAGAGGGUAUUGGUGAUCGAGGACGUUUCCAAGAAUGCUAACCUAAGUGCUAUAAGAUGGGUUUUACGAAACAUUUCCUUUCAACCAGGAAACCAGCUUAUGCUCCUCGGGGUUGUGCACAAGAUCUACAACCCAAUGGGAUAUCGGAGCAGAGUGGACCCCGAUUCAUUCUCUGGAGCGAACAAGAAAGUUGUUGCUGAGACGAUUGCAUCGAAGAAGGAAGUUUACUUAUACAAUCGGGAAAUCGAAAGAUUUUCUGACAAGUGCAAAACCACUAAGGUUGUUUUCCACAUAGAUGUGCAAGCCGGAGCUUCUCCAAAGGAACUUGCUGUAAAAGCUGCCCAAACUUUCAGGGCUACAUGGGUAAUCAUUGACAAGCAUAUGAUGAAGGAGAAGGCCUACAUCGUGGAACAACUUGCUUGUCGGAUAUCAGCAAUAAAACACAAUAACACAAUCCAUGAUUUGCAUUGCCCAAAAGCAGUCAAUCCACAGAGACAAACUACGAAGAUAAACACAGGUCAGAAUGGAAGAAGUCAGAGUGAGGAAUUUGAAUCUUGUUCAGUCUGCAAGAAUAAGCGUCCAAAGAUUGGUUGGAAGAGGGAGUUCACCAUUGCAGAGCUCCAAAUCUCAACAGAAGGAUUUUCCCGUAAGAAUUUAGUAUCAGAAAAUGGUUUCUGUUUCAUGUACAGAGGAAUGCUGAGUGGGCUGGAGGUUGCCGUUCACAAAAUCAAGAACACGAGUUUCAGUGCAGAAGAGGAAUUCUUGUCCAAAAUUACAGAAGUAAGCAGAGUCCGACAUGAGAAUUUGGUCACGCUGUGGGGAGUUUGCUCUGAAGGAAGCAACAUGCUGCUUGUUUAUGAGCAUAUCUGCAAUGGCUCAUUGGAGCAACAUCUAUCAAAGAACCACCAUAGACCUCUGAGUUGGGACAGGAGAAUGAAGAUAGCAAUUGGAGCCUCCAGAGGCUUAAAGUAUCUGCACCAAAAUGCCAUCAUCCACGGAAACCUGAGACUUGACAAUAUCUUCAUUACUCAUGAUUACGAGCCACUGGUAGGAGAGUUUGGCCUUCCUAUAAUUGAACACGACGACUCCGACCUCUCAUCCGAGACGAGAUUAGGUAAUGGUGCUUACUACACCCCAGAAUAUGUGGAAUUUGGCAAAAUAUCAGCCAAGACGGACUGUUAUUGCUUUGGAGUCGUGUUGUUACAGCUGAUCACGGGUUUGAGGACAACAGACCCGAUACUUGGGGGAAAGAGUCUUGUAGCAUGGGCGAGGCCUCUUCUAAGGGACAAAAACUACCCCGGCUUACUUGAUCGGAGGAUAGGAGACUCCUACAAUGUCCACCAGCUCUUCUGGAUGGUCAGAGUAGCAGAAAAAUGUCUCUGCAGGAAUCCUCGUAACAGAAUGACUAUGGACAAGGCAGUUUAUACAUUAACCUGCAUGAUGAAAGGCAACACGGUUCCCGUCAUCAGGACCUUCUCCCCAGCACUUUCGGAAUCCCUCAGCAGCAGCAUCAUGGACUCCUCGGGAUCAGCAUGUGAUGACAGAAGCUCCAGUACUCAGGACCAAGCACCUUCAAUGCGAAGCAUGGACAACGUGACUAGAAAGCUUCCUCCUUCAACUCUCAGCGAACAAGCUUCUUCUUCAAGAUCAGUCCCUAGCAGAAAGACAUUUAAGAGCAAACCUGCAUUAGUGGGGCAGAGAGCUCGUUGAACAGUUGCAAAGCAUUUGUCUACGUUUUCUGCUCUGAGUAUUUCACGUUUGUGCUCUUCCUUUUUCUCUUCAUUCUCAAGCAGUGUCAUUUUUCUGUUGGAAAUAGAAUGGCGAUAUAAACAUAUCCUUUCUGUGAACCAAAGCCCCGAGUUUUUCCAUACUGUACAUUGGCACUGCACCUGGUCGAUUUCAGAUUUUGCAACAUGAAUCAUCUGCAGAAACUCUGGUGAAAUUUUUUGCCUUUAAUGCAUUUUAUUUGUUACCGAAACAAACAAUAAGCGGGGUUUCAAGAUGUGCGUGAUGGGUAAUAAUACAGAGCAAUUUUAUAUAAGAAAAGCAGGGGAAAAAGAAAAUAGAGGGGAUGAGGAUGACAAUAAAGACAAUUGCCAAUGAGCAGAUAU